CAGAUUCUAGCUAGUUAUGCAGCUUAGAUUUUACUUUCAUGUUUGGAACUGGUGAUGGAGCCUCGCACGACUCGCAGUUGUUUACGUUCAUAGUCAGUACUGGUGACCGCCGUUCAAACACGGUAUGAAACCUCCAGAAAUGUUUCCCAAGAGAAUGCCGAGUCGGGCGUUGGUGGCGCGAAUGGCGGCGGCGGUGGCGGUGUGGAUGGCGUGCGCGGGCGUGUUGGCGGGGCUGGUGGCGUGGAGGGUGCAGAAGGGCUUCGACGACAAUCGCAAGGCGGAGCUCGACGCCUGGUGCGCCGGUCGCGCGCGCUCGCUGCAGCAGCAGUUUAUGCUGACCGCCGACCACGUGCAGGUGCUGGCGGGUCUGGCCACGGUGUUUGGCGGCGUGCGGAGGAACCCCUGGGCGGUGGGCAGCUGCAUGACGCAGAGGCGCUUUGUGCACUUCGUGGAGCGCACCAUCGCCGCGCAGCCCUGGGUGCACGCCGUGGGCUACAUGGCCGUCAUCAACGGCUCCGACAGGGCGGCCUUUGAGCGCCAGGCGCACUGCCACCUCUUGGACUUGCUGGGAAAGCCGGCCCCGGUGGCGGACUGGUACAUGAACUCGCGUGUGUGGUUCCAGGAGAACUCGCCGCUGCCGCUGCUGGAGAUGACGUCGACCUGUGUCAACGUGCGCACGCACCCCUCGUACGGUCCGCAGCUCACCCGCAUGCACGACAUGCCGACCAAGCAGCUCAGCAUGCCCUACGUGCUCGACAACGGCGAGGCGGGCAUGGGCAUGGGGUUUCCGAUCUUUAGGGCCGGCAUAAACAUAUCAUCCCCCCUGGCGGAGCGGCGGGCGGCGUUCAUCGGGCAGAUUGCGGCGUCCAUCGACUUCAAGAGCCUCGCCGCGUUCAUCAUCAACGAGGUCCUUCGGCAAGGUGUGGAGUAUGCCCUCGAGGUCUAUGACGUCACCUCCACCGACAUCAUCCCCUUCCCCAUCCCUGCCAACUCCCCGCCACCCGGCCCUCGCCUGCUGUACGGAGUGGGCGAUUUGCCUCAAGGGAACCCCUAUGAGGUGUCAAAGCUCAUUCCGCCCUCCAAUGAAACCAUGCUGCAGCCACGCCGUUACAAGUCCGUGCAGCAGAUCAACCUCACCGACUCUUCGCGAUCCUACGAGCUCUGGUGCCGCUUCGGCGGCUCGGACACAGCGCACAGCUGGACGGCCAUUCUGCUGGCCACCGUCAUAGUGGUGGUGGCGGCGCUGCUGGCCGCCAUCGGUGUGAGCGUGGCGUGCAACACACGGGCCGUGCGGGAGAAGACGGCGGCGCUGGAGAUGCUCAAGGAGAAGACGCAGGAGGCUGAGAGGAACAAGAGUGCCUUCAUUGCCAACACGGCUCAUGAGCUCCGCACGCCGAUCAUCGGCGUCAGGGGCAUGUUGGAGGACCUGGCGGAGGGCCAGGUGGACGAGGGGCAGCGGGAGGACGUGGGCACGGCGGUGGGCGAGGUGGAGCGCAUCCUGGCGCUCAUCAAUGUCGUGCUCGACGUCUCCAAGGCCGAGGCCGGCCGCCUGCAUUUGGAGUCCCUGCCCUUCCACCUGCGCUCCUGGCUGCGCGAGGCGCUGCACACCCAUGCACACGCCGCGCAGGCUCGACACCUGAACUUCGCUUGCCGCGUGGAUGCGGGUGUGCCGGAGGUGCUGGUGGGGGACUACCUGCGCCUGCAGCAAGUGGUGGACAGCAUCGUUGACAACGCCAUCAAGUUCACGUCCAGUGGAGGGGUGUGUGUGCAGCUGCAGUGCCUCCCCGCCACCACCGACAUCCCCGCUCACCUUAGAUCACUCGGCUGCCACGUGGCUCAACACACCCCAGCUGCUGCCAACGCUCCCGCCGCUGCCACCAGAGCUGCUGCGCGUGGCAAUGAGGGGGGGGGUGCAGCGAGGGCGCCGUUCAUGGAGCAGGUGGAGCAGCGCGGGCUGGCAGCGGCCGUCAUGGUGCUGCGGGAGCGCCUGACCUCGUUCAAUGCUGGGCUCUUCUCAAGCCCGUGGCACACAGCCGUGGUCAUGGAGGGGGAGAGGGGGAGGGAGAGGGGGAAGGAUGGGAAGAGUCGGGGGGGAAAGGUAGUGGAGAGGCGAAUGGAGUGUGUGGAUGGAGGGAGGCGAAUGGAGUGUGAGGGGGAAGAGGGGCGAAGGGAGUGUGAGGGGGAAGAGGGGCGAAGGGAGUGUGAGGGGGAAGAGGGGCGAAGGGAGUGUGAGGGGGAAGAGGGGCGAAGGGAGUGUGAGGGGGAAGAGGGGCAAAGGGAGUGUGAGAGGGAAGAUGGGGCAAAUGCAGAGCCUGGGCGCAGUGGAGGGCUCGGAGGUGAGGCCGGGGGGAGAGGUGAAGGGGGGAAUGCAGCAGCGCGGGCAGGGGGUGCUGGGGGCACGGCAGGUGAGGCACAUGGACUGUUGGCGUUGGAGAAGAGUGGAGAGGGGAAGAAGGAAGGAGGGCGCAACCUUGGCUUGAGAGAGGGUGGGGAGGAGGGAGCCUUAUUGAGGGAGGCAGAUGAGGGGGAGGGGGAUGGGCCAUGUGUUGGCCCAUGUGGAGGAGGUGCAUCUGGGGGAGGUGACACGUGUGAGGCAGGGAGGGCAGUAGCAGCAGCAGCAACAGCACGGGGUGGCAGCAAGGGCGCGUGGAUGGAUGCAGAGAGGAGGUGGUGGUGGGGGGCUCCCAUGGAAGGGGGGGGUGAGUCUGAGGGGGAUGCUGACAGGCGCUUGGUGCUGCUGCUGACAUGUGAGGACACGGGGUGUGGGAUUGCGGAGGCGGAGCAAGCUGAUGUCUUUCACGCGUUCAUGCAGCCACACCAGAAGAGGCAUGCGCAUGGCGGUAGUGGCAUGAGCCUUCACUUGUCGCGACAGCUGGUGUCCCUUUUGGGUGGCAGCAUUGGUCUGCUCAGCACGGAGGGCCAUGGCACCACUCUGCAUGUGGCUCUGCCCUUUGCUGCUGCUGCGCCUUCUCGAAUUCCUGCUGCUGCUGAUUCUGCUGCUGGCGAUUCUUCUGCUCACACUGCUGCUGUGGCUUAUUCUGCUACCUCUGCUGGUUGUGAUGCUGGCGGAGACAGUGGGCCCCAUCCCAGCAGAAGCCAGAGUGCGAGCGAGGGAUGUGGAGGGGGAGAAAGCACAAGUGGGGUGGAGAGGGGGGUUGAGAAGGUGGAGAGUACCAAGGAGACACUCAAGAAGAUGCUCCACGGCAUGGCGAUCCUGGUGGUGGACGACAAUGUGAUAAACCGGCGGGUGGCAGCGAGCACGCUGGGGCGAUACGGUGCUGACGUCACACUGGCAGAGUCAGGCGAGGCGGCUCUGCUGCUGCUGCAGCCGCCGCACUCCUUCCGCCUCGUGCUCAUGGACCUCCACAUGCCCCUCAUGGACGGCUACCAGGCCACGGCCCAGCUGCGCGCCAUGGAGGGGGGCGCGGGGCGCAUGGAGCGCAUCUCAGAGCUGCUGGAGGGGGUUGCUGAGGGCCUGGAGGGGGGCCCACAACGGCAGCAGCGCACGCAUGUGGUGGCUAUGUCAGCAGAUGUCGACAGCACCGUUGCUGCCCGUGCAAUCGAGGCCGGCAUGGAUGGGGCGGUGCAGAAGCCACUCAAUGAGAAAGUGCUGCUCAAGGUUCUUUCAACGCUGUUCGUGAAGAGACGGAGGUACAGAACUUACUCGAUGUGAGAUUGACAUGUUUCCAGCAGAGAGAAAUUUGUUGCGAGCGUGGUUUGCUUCAAGCGUCUUAUGUAUUUAUGAAUGGAUGGUGGCACAAGGAUGAGUUGUGUAUCGUGCUCUACAGGAUAUACGCCUGGCUCGUUUUUUUUCGCCCGCAAGGCGUUUAUCCGGGUAUAGGGGCGACACUCAAAUGACAACACAUGUAUGGUGAUACCGUUAGAAAAAAUUGAGGAUUGUGUU